AUGUACACUUCUCUGAUUGAAUAUAAAUGUUGUCAGACUUUUGUUUUUCUUGCCGAACUCGUUGGGAACUUCUCCUUUUUGGUGCCUCUUUUACCGUAUCCCGCGAUUUGUAUUACUGAAAUUUGGUCAUUUUACAGUAUCACUCCAAUGCAUAUCAUGUUGUGGUUUAUGUUUUGCGCUCAAAUGUUGGCGGUUUCGAUUAUUGUUCUCAAUCAAGUCAUCGUCCCGAUUUACAUGGGAAACACGAUGAUGAGCUCGCUGAACACUCUGUAUUUUGCUCACCGAGAAGCGAUUUUGGACUUCAUUUCGAAGAAAAAGAAAAAGAUCAUCAAUGUUGAAAGCUUGGCAGCGAGUUCGACGGCAAACUCGCAAAGCCGAAAUCUGUCACAACAAAACCGGGCUCUAGCAAACUCGUCGAGGAAUUCAGCUGUGAAU